GCGACAGUGAGGCAGUAGCAGUAGUAACUGCCCUAUCCCCGGCCCGCCUGACCGGCCGAAUUAACGGCGUGCUGGCCCUGGCCCCAUGAACAUCUGUAGAAAAGAGCGUGCAUAUCGCACCGCCUACAGAGACAGUACUGUUGUGAUCUGCCGCCGGGCAGAGGUGUCAGAGGUGUCCUGACGUCGCCUGUCUCCGCGCGAUUUGCAUCCCGCCGGCCUCAUCAUCAGUGCUGUGCAUCCAUUGAUGGCAUACUGAUUGAUGAGAGAUAGAUCUCCUCCUCUGUCCUGUGUCCUCUCUCUCUCUCCAGCGCUGCGCUCGGCUGUGGUAGUAGCUAUAGCUAGCUAGGUACGGCAGUAGAAGCUAGGUGCAGGACGUAGGCUCUGCUAUUAUGAAGCCUGUACAAGAUGUCAUCUCUUACCUUAACAAUGAGAUACUAGCGGACGGACAGCUGCUGCUGGCGCGUCUGCACUUGCCUGCAUGCUGGAGGUGAAUUUAACUCGGGGCCCCCCUUGUGGCUCUGCAGUGCGGGGGCAGCAGCAGUAGCAACAGCGAUUCCGAUCUGGGAGUGGGACUAGGAGCGAUAAGCACCCGUCGUCGUCGUCGUCCAGCUUCUCCUUCUCCUUCCCCUGCUGAGGUGGUGUGGUGGUCGUGACACAUGACAUGAGCUCUCGCUAAGGCCGCUAGCAACUUGAUGGCAAUCACAGGCGCCAAUCCGCGGACGUCGCUUUUGACGCUCUCAUUAAUCCCAUGCAUGCAGCAGCGAGGCGAUGCGAUGGAUGGGAUGCCCCCCACACACACAUGAGACGCCAUUCAAUAGGAACCCCGCCCCCCCGGCGUCUUCCCUCCUCGCCAGGAAACCCUCCUCCACCGUUGCAUUUGCGUACACCCAAUCCUGCUUCCUUAUAUACGCGAGCGUACCCACCUAAACACCUGAUACCUAGCCGCCUGCUCGUCACGUACCAUGGCCAUCGCCUAGCGAGCUAGCUAGGACGCCCGAGCUGCUAGCUGCAAGAGCUCUCUCGGCCGCCGCCCGCCCCCGGCCUGUAGCUAGCUUCUGCUUUGUUGCGAGGUACGUAUAUUAUUAAUAUGGCGUCGACGACGGGGGACGACGCGGUCGGUACACGUAAGGGCGGCACCGGCGCCGGGGGCACUCCUCCUCCUACCACGCAGACGCAGACGCAGCCGCCCCCGCCGCCCGAGCAGGGGCUGCGGUGCCCGCGCUGCGACUCCCCCAACACCAAGUUCUGCUACUACAACAACUACAGCCUCUCGCAGCCGCGCUACUUCUGCAAGACCUGCCGCAGGUACUGGACCAAGGGCGGCGCGCUCCGCAACGUGCCCGUCGGCGGGGGCUGCCGCAAGAACAAGCGCUCGCGCUCCGCGGCCGCCGUGGCGGCUGCUGCUGCUGCGGCGGCGGCGGCCUCCUCCUCGCGGCUCUCGCUCAACCUGCCCCCAGAGGCCGCCGCCGCCGCCGACCAGCAGGCGGCGCGGCUGGGCUUCCUCGGCGCUCAUCAUCCGGUGGCGUCGUCGACGAUCGACGGAGGCGGCCCCGCCGCGGCCGACUACCACCACCAGCAGGCGGGCGCCGCCGCCGUCGGGAUGAUCGCGCUGCCGCGGCUCCACGCGCCCGGCGUCGUCGGCCAGUACGUGCCGUUCGGGGAGUGGCACCCCGGGACGGCCGGGGACGUGGUGACCGGUGGCGCGGCGGUGAGCAGCAGCAGCAGCAGCAUCGCGUCGUCCAUCGAGUCGCUGAGCUUCAUCAACCAGGACCUCCACUGGAAGCUGCAGCAGCAGCGGCUGGCCACCAUGUUCCUGGGCGCGCCGACGAGCGCCGCCGCGGCCGCGGCCGCCCACGCCGACAGCGCGGCGCAUGUGGGCGGCGCCUUCAUGCAGAUGUCGGUGGCGGAGUCCACCAUGACCAUGCCGCCGCCGCCGCUGGCGACGUCGUGGUUCAUGGACAGCUCCUGCUACGCGCUCCCUUCCCCGACGAUGACCGCGCACGCUAGCACGGCCGCGGCCGUAGCAGCCGCCACCGGUACCUGCAACGUCGUCAACGGCGCUGGCGCUGGCGACGACGACAGCGCCGCGUCGAACAACAACAACAACUGCGGGCCGGGGAGCGCGAUCCAGUCGUGGGGCGACAUGUCGGCGUUCGCGAUGCUGCCUUGAUGGCUGGAUGGCUGGCGCGCGGCGCGCCAACAGGAAGAAGAAGAGACCUCCAGUUUGGAAUUGAAGCUAGCAGGGCUGAUUCCGAAGGAAUUGAGCUAGCGACGGAGAUACCUAUAUUUUAAUGAAUCUCUUAAACAGUGUAGCUGUCCAUCUCGAUCUAACUGCAUAUUGUAUUUGUUGAUCGUCGUGUGAGUAAUGAGUAUAUUAUAUAUAUAUUUGUCGAGAACAUUCUGACCGGC